AAAAAAAUUAAUGACAACAAAUUUUAUUUCUUUAAGAGAAUUGGAAUAAUUAGCAUCAGUAAAAUUAGAUUCAAAUGCAUAUUAAUACUAUAGAUCAGGAGCAAAUGAAGAAAUUACAAAAAGAGAGAAUAUAGAUGCAUUUUAGAGGAUUUACUUGAACCCAAGAGUGUUAAGAGAUGUAUCUAAAAUUUGUACAAAAACCAAAAUAUUGGGUCAUGAUAUUGAUUUACCAAUAGGUUUAGCACCAGUAGCUAUGUUGAAAUUAGUAUAGAUAAUAAUAUAAAAAGGCUCAUCCUUUAGGUGAGGAAGUAACUGCAUCAUAAGCUCAUUAAUGGAAGGUACCAUUUACAUUAACUACUUUAUCAACUUUAUCUUAAUCUGAAGUAGCUAGACAUAAUAAAGAUGGGUUGAGAUUCUAAUAAUUGUAUAUACAAAAAAAUAGAUCAUUGACAGAAGCAUUAGUUAGAAAAGCAGAGAAAGAAGGAUUUAAAGGUUUAGUAUUAACAGUAGAUGCUCCAAUAUUAGGUAAGAGAGAAGCUGAUGAAAAAUAAAGGUAUUUUAUUAUAGAUAUAUAAGAUUUGUGUUACCUCCUCACUUGAAAUUAGAGAUUUUGGAAGAAUUAGCAAAAGAGGCAAACAUUUAACUUUAGUCAGUAGCAAAUAAUUAAGGAUCAGGAUUACUAAAAUUUUUUGCUGAAUAAUUAGAUUAAAAAGUUAAUUGGAAUGAUAUUAAAUGGUUAAGAUCAAUUACUAAGGUUCCAAUAAUUUUGAAAGGAAUUUAAUGUGGAGAAGAUGCAAAAUUAGCAGUCUAACAUGGAGUUGAUGCUAUAUGGGUUUCAAAUCAUGGUGGAAGAUAAUUAGAUACAGUAAGAGCUACAGUAGAUAUGUUACCAGAAAUAGUAGCAGCAGCAGCUGGUUAAUUAGAGGUUUAUGUAGAUAGUGGAGUAAGGAAUGGAACUGAUGUUUAUAAAUGUUUAGCUUUAGGUGCUAAAUGUGUAUUUGUUGGAAGACCUGCUAUUUAUAGUACAGCCAUUGGUGGAAAAGAAGGACUCAAUAAAAUGUUUUAAAUUUUAUAGUCUGAAUUAAUUUCUACCAUGCAACUAAUGGGUGUGACUACUAUUCAAGAAAUUAAAAGUGAUGGCAUUGUUCCUAAAGCUAAAUUAUGA